AUGACUACUCAAGGCCCCUCCGCCCUCCCACCCACGACUGUGCACAGCACCAAGACAAUUAGCCAGUCCGCUGCGCAUGAGUUCCUGGCCUCCUACUUGGAGCGCGCGAACACAGAUCCCUCCUUGCAGCCAAACUCUAGCAUCGGCGAGAACGGCCCUGUUUCGCGCACAACCGCUGCUGCGCCCAACCUGAUCCUCCACAACCUCAAGCGCGUGCAAGCUGGUCUUGCUGGCGAGAUUCUCGGCCAGGAUCUGACCGUUGCAAAGCAGAACCCGAACGAGGAAUACCUGGACAUUGCCGCUGGAUCUGCUUCAAAGACCAACCAGAAUGAGGAGGGUGACGAACAAGAGCAAGCCGAUCUCGAAAUGAAGGAUGCUGAGAUGGAGGCCGAGGCUUUCUCCGAACAAGAGAAGGAUCAAACUACCAUUGAUAAGGAGGAGCGCAAGCGCAAGAAGAAGGAAAGGCGUCAAGCAGAGAAAAAAGCUAAGGCCAAGAAGGAUGUUGGUUCGGAUUGA